UAGCCGUUUCCUCCUUCUCCGGGCUGCCCGGGGGCACCCUCGAGCAGCGCUCUCGUGGCAGCAGCUGUGACUGGACCGAAUAAGGGCUGAAGUUAACUGCGCCAAGCGGAUUCUGUCUUCCUUGGUUCUUUGGUUACGUAGGGGGCUUGGAACCUGACGUUCUACUGCGGCAUAGGGAGCGGAGGCAACAGAGGCUGUGCCGGGCGACGCUUGGAAUCCGUUGUUGCGAGGUCCCCUCCCUUCUAUUCUCGCUCUCAUUUCUUCCUGGCUGGCGCCCCUUCCUCUUUCCCCCUUCCCCCUCCCUGACAGUUCAACAUCAUAAAUAAAUCUGCCAAGAUGACGCUUUCUCAAGUUACCUUUGAAUUAAGAGGAGGAACUCUAUUUCCAGGGGAAAUUUUUGCAAUAUGUGGAGAUUGUGACACUUUGGGAAACUGGAAUCCUCAAUUUGGUAUGGCUCUUCAUCCUGAAGAGAAGCCAAAUAAUAGUGUUGUAUGGAAAACAACUCUUGCACUCAAUAGAGGAGUACCAGUUCAUUAUCGUUACUUUUGUGGAUACUUUUUAGAACCAAAGACUAUCGGUGGUCCUUGCCAAGUCAUAGUAAACAAGUGGGAGACUCAUCUACAACCACGAUCAAUAACCCCUUUAGAAAAUGAAAGCAUUAUUGAUGAUGGACAGUUUGGAAUCCACAAUGGUGUUGAAAAUCUGGAUUCUGGAUGGCUGACGUGUCAGACUGAAAUAAGAUUACGCCUACAUUUUUCUGAAAAACCACCUGUCGUGAUAAACAAGAAAAAAUUUAAAAAAUCUAGGUUUAGGGUAAAGGUGACAUUAGAAGGCCCAGAAGAUGAUGAAGGUACCCCAUCUCCAAUUAUCCAACACAAAAUGGCAAAUGUUUUAGAGAUAUCCUUAGUAAGUGAUAAUGAAUUCCAAAGUCGGCAUUCUCAACCAGAUUGUGGUUAUGCAUUGCAACCUGAUCGGUGGACAGAAUAUAGCAUACAGACGAUGGAACCAGAUAAUUUGGAAUUACUCUUUGACUUUUUUGAAGAAGAUCUAAGUGAAACAAUCGUUCAGGGAGAUGCACAUCCAGGACAUGUUGGUAUUGCAUGUCUGUUGUCAUCUACCAUUGCUGAAAGUGGAAAAAGUGCAGGAAUUCUCACUCUUCCUAUCAUGAGCAGGAAUUCAAGAAAAACACUUGGCAAAGUUAGAGUUGAUUAUAUAGUUAUUAAGCCAUUACCAGAAUACAACUGUAAUAUGAAGUGUUCAUUUUCAAAGUACUGGAAUCCAAGAUCAACUCUAGAUGUUGGACAUCGCGGUGCAGGAAACUCUACAACCACCACCAAGCUUGCUAAAGUACAAGAAAAUACAAUUGCUUCUUUAAGAAGUGCAGCUAAUCAUGGUGCAGCUUUUGUAGAAUUUGAUGUUCAGCUUUCAAAGGAUUUUGUACCUGUUGUAUAUCAUGAUCUCACUUGUUGCAUGACUAUGAAAAAGAAAUUUGAUGCCGAGCCAUUAGAACUGUUUGAAAUUCCAGUGAAAGAAUUAACUUAUGACCAGCUUCAACUGUUAAAGCUGUCUCAUGUAACUGCACUAAAAAGAGAUUCCUUAGACGAACCAGUCAUGGAGGAAAGUUUAUCUGAACAUCAGCCAUUCCCUUCUCUCCAGAUGGUUUUGGAAGAUUUGCCAGAGCAUGUUGGGUUUAAUAUUGAAAUAAAAUGGAUUUGUCAACAAAGGGAUGGAAUAUGGGAUGGCAACUUGUCAGCAUUUUUUGACAUGAACCAGUCCUUGGAUGUCAUUUUAAAGAUUGCUUUAGAAAAGUCUGGAAAUAGAAGAAUUAUAUUUUCUUCAUUUGAUGCAGAUGUCUGCACAAUGAUUCGAAACAAGCAAAACAAGUUUCCCGUUUUGUUUUUGACUCAAGGAAAAUCUGAAAUUUAUCCUGAACUAAUGGAUCUAAGAUCUCGGACAACUUCCAUUGCAAUGAGUUUUGCACAGUUUGAAAAUUUGCUGGGAAUAUGUGCACAUACUGAAGACCUUCUUAAGAAUCUGUCACAUAUUGAUGAGGCGAAAUCUAAGGGUUUAGUAAUAUUCUGUUGGGGUGAUGAUAACAAUGAGCAUGAAAACAGAAAGAAGCUGAGGGAUUAUGGUGUUCAUGGUCUAAUCUAUGACAGGAUAUAUGAUUCGAUGCCUGAACAGCCAAAUAUAUUUCAGGUAGAGCAACUGGAGCGUCUAAAGAAAGAAUUACCAGAACUCAAGAGUUGCACAUGUCCCACUGUUCGCCAUUUUUCUCUUUCAUCAGCUUCGUGUGUAUGUCAUAAAAAUAGUUUAACAAACAGGGUAGAUAAUGUACAGAAUGCUUAAUUUUUUAUUGCUCGGAGGUCUUGAAGGGUUGGAUAUUGCUAUUUGGGAUAUAUCGUUUUCUUCAUUCAGCACUGCUUAUCAAUUCCUUUUGGCUUUUCUCAGUCCAAAUGAAGCAAUAACUAAGUAUUUUACUAUUCCACUAGUUUUUGCUAGAAUUUAAAAUUCUUUUGAUCAGGUAUAAUUUUCUUAAAGAUUCCCCACCUAUGGGGGGAAAAAUUAAGAAAACAGACAUUCAAAUAACUUUAAGCAUUUUUAAAUUAAAAGAGUAGCAUUUUGGAAUCUUUAAAAAUAAUACAUAAUAUUGACAUACUUGUUAUUUAUCUUUUUCUUUGAGGAGAUCUAAAUUCAUAAAUACUUGAGGAAAAUGACUAUGCAUAAAAUUAUACCUGACCAUGAAUAAAAAAAGUACCUCAAAUGCAUGCAUUUGCACUGGUGGUUCCAACAGCACAAAUAUUUGUGCCAUCUGUGUAUGUUUCUUAUGUGGAUUGUCAAGAACAUAAAAUGUUUUUAUUAGAUAUAAACCUUUAGGCUGCUGCCAUUUUCCUACCUUGCCAUAUAUUUGCUUAUGUAAAAAAAAAAAAAAAGUGAAUUUGUAUAACACCUCCAAAAAUUGUUUUGCAUCAACUUAUCAACUUUUAAAUGCAGCAGAUAAUUUAAUCUCUAAAAUAUAAAUCAGUUAUUGAAGACAUUUCUGCAACUUAAAAAAAAUUAUUGUACAUAUCCUAAGUGAAACAGAUCACAUGAUGUAUAAAUUCUGCCAAAUGCAUGCUUGAGGUUUUAAGCAUGAAAUAUUAUACAUGUUUACCAUUAAGUCCUUGCAUCCUGUGGUGCUGGGUAAAUGUAAGAAGGUGAUAAGGACUAAAAAAUGUUUUGUUGCUGAAAAAUUGCCUAUUUUUAGGCAAUUUAAAUAUGCUCACCAUUUUAAGUCUUACUAAUAUAGACAGUUCUCGCUUUAUGUAAAUUUGCAACAGCUCCCUAGCAGGCAGUCUGCAGGGAAGGGAGGAGGUAGGCUCCUGAAGAGGCAGGUGUUGAGGCAACUAUAGGUGGGUGAUAGCAGUUGCUGUUUUCUUGUGCCAGGGAUCCCCCUCUCUAGGCACUGAAGCCCAUUAGGCUGUGGGGCCUAGGCGCUGGGUCUUAUGAAAGCUUUAUUGGGGAUGGGGAUGGGAAGGUCUGAGAAAUGGUCCACUUCUGUCAAUUGAGAACUGGCUGUAUUUAUUAUAUGCCAUCCUCUAUGUAUGUGUGCGCCUCUGUGCUUGUGUGCCACCUGCACAUGUGUGUACACAUGUAUGUGUACACACAUGUGUACAUUCCUAUGUCUUUGUGUGCUAAUUGUUUUCAAAUGAAAUCUGAAAUCUCAGUUCUGUUUUCAUUGGCUUAUAUAUAUAUAUAUAUAUCAUGUUUAUAAUUUAUUUAUAAAUAUCAUGUAUAAGCUCUUGCUAAAUAUAUAUGCAUGUCCUUAGAUUAAUACUUGUAAGGUUUUUUCAUUGGUAGGAGAUUGUUAAGACACAAAUGUAACUUAUAAAUAUGAUAAAUGAUAGAUUUAUUUUAUUAUAAAAUAUAUCAUGAAGAUGUUUUCAUAGAUUCUGUUUCAUGGAAUUUCUGUGAAAGCAAAUUGAAAAUAUGAGACGCUAUCUCUGAAAGGCAUGGCUUAUCUUGCAUCUAGUUUAUUUUCUGCAUAUUAUUUGAUGUCCAGGGUUUAUGCAUUCAUCAGUGUAUAUUGACUGCAAUUCAGAUUUCAAAUUAAAUACUAUUAAUAAAAUUAAAAUAAAUUAAAAUUUAGAAAAAUCUAAAACGAAA